AUGGCCGGCGACCAUGAGACCCCCAACGGCCGGACGAGCCCCGUCUCUCCAUCGCGGCCAUCGACGGCGAGGCGCACCUCAGGCGCCACCACCACAGACGAGCGCGACGACGCCCAUGCCGCCCAUGGCGAGGCGCCCGCCGAGAACCCCGACGAAUCGCUGCUCCAACUGCGCUCUCCCGCCUCGCGAACCAGCCAUCAUGCCGGCCAGCCAAUGGAGACGACGGCCAUGGACGACACCAGAGAGGCAGAAGACACGCUGUCCGAGGAGGCUGUGCGCAGACACCUCAACGACGUCGAGUCCAGCUUUCUGCCUGCGCUGUCGCCCAUCCCCGCCACCUCUGCCGCUGCUGCUCGGCGCCUUGAUUCGCCCGACAACCCUGCGCCGCGGCCCAAGCAGCCCGCCCAUGAUGCCGACGCCAGCCUCACCACAUCCAGCCUCGACUCGUCGCCCGCCGCCGCCGCUGCUGCCCGAACCAUUUCCCGCGCCGCCAGCAGCACGAGCAACCCCAAGGUUCCCCCCCUGGCCCGAGACGACGACGACGCUGAAAACCCCCUCUUGUCCGGCACAGACGACGCCCCCGCCUCGUCGUCCCGAUCUCAGUCCCUGUCCGAGGACAAGAUGGAUGCCGGCAGCACCCCGGGAAAUUCCUUGCGCGUCGCCAAGCGGCCCAAGUACCUGCGCAGCCGCCACGGCAGCGAGCGCUCCUCUUCCUCGUCCUUUGUCACAAACGCCGAGUCUCACCAGGACAGCGACGCCACCGUCGGCAUCGGCCUCGACUACGCCUUGCACUCGGGCGGCGCCGUGCCCUCCCUGACCAUGUCUCGCGCCCCCAGCAACAUCCUCCCCCGGGCCACCAGCAUCGGGAGCAUGGCCUCCGGCUUCGCCCCCGACGACUACGAUGCAGCCACCCGCCAGCUCGAGCCGCUUGCCGAGAUCGACAGCCGGCCCCAGACGCGCAAUGGCGACGUGAUGCAGACCCCGAGGCCCGCCCGGGACAACCUCGACACCGCGCCCACCGACACCGUCAUCGCCCAGCACGUCAGAAACGUGCAGGUCCCCGAGUCGCUGGCAAAAGAAUACAAGUUCAAAAACGGCCUCCAGACGCCGCGGCGUCCUGCCCACCCGCCCGCGGGCACCGGCACGGCCGGGCGCAGUGGCAGGAACCUGACGCUCAAGGAGCAGAGCAGCACCAUUGAGCGCCUGUCCAAGGAGAACUUUGAUCUGAAGCUCAAGGUCAUGUUUCUGAGCGAUCGCCUGGACAAACUCUCCGAGGAAGGCAUCAAGGAGAUGAUAUCGGAAAACGUCGAUCUCAAGACGAGCUUCGCGGUGCUGCAGCGGGACAACAAGGUCCUGAGGAAGAGGGUCAAGGAGCUAGAGAGACAGGCCAGGGAGGACGAGAAGCGCCCGAGCACGGCCCGGAGCGCCGCGUCGUCGGCGGACCAGACCGUCGACGGCGAGGCCCAAGAACGAGAGGAAGAGCUCAUUUACCUGCGCGAGCGCGUCGAGGAGUACGCCAUCGAAAUCGAGAGGCUCCGCAACGAGGGCGUGCACCGGGAAUCGGAGAAGCGGAAAAUGGCCGACAUUGUCAAGACGUUUAGCGAACGGACUGGCGAUAACCUCGGCCGGCAGGAGGAAGCCGACGUCUGGAAAGACUUGCUCGAGCAGGAGACGGCUCGCCGUGAGCAAGCAGACGAGGACAACCGGAAACUGCGCGACGAGCUGUUCCGGCUCAAGAGGGAGGCGUCGAGCGGCCCGGGGGCCCUGCACCACACGACCAACAUCUACAACAUCACCAAGAAGCCGCGCGAUCGCAACGCCUCGCCCUCGCGCCCCAUGUCGGGCAUGUCGGGUGACGUCGAGGGAUCCAACGCAAACUUCAGCGCCGCCACCACUCUCGUCGAGGAGCUACGGCGCGAGAGCGAGCAGUUGCGCCAUGAAAACGCAGAGCUGCGGCGCGAGGAGCGUCUGUACCAGGAGAUUGAAGACCUCAAGAUGGCGCAACGUCGCGGCGGCGGCGUCGCGGCGCUCUCCGCCGUCGAUAGCCUCCUGGAGCGCGCCAAGACGAGACAGACACAGGCCGACGAAGACGCACAACGGGAGGAGCUCGAGAAUAAGCUGGCCGAGCUGCGGGACAAGCUGAGCGAGGUCAAGCUGCAGAACCAGGAGCUGCAGCGCGAGCUCGAGGCGUGCAUGGAGGACUUUGAGACGGCCGUCGAGGGCAAGCGCCAGGCCGAGGAGACGGCCAUGUCGCUGCAGCAAGACCUCGACGGUGCCAUGAACGACCUGGUGGCGCUGCAGGCGGAGCGCGACGAGGCGCUGCGGGAGCAGGGAGACAUGGAGGUCGAGUUUGAGGCCCUCCGCCACGAGGCGCAGGAUGAGAUUGACACGCUGGAAGCCGAGGCCGACCAGCGCAACGAGGAGAUUCAGCGUCUGCAGGCCGACUUGAGGGAUCGCUCGGAGAAUUUCGACGCCUUGCAGGAAGAGAUGCGAAAGCUGAGCGAAGCCCUCGUGCGCCUCGAGGACGAGCAGGACAGCAAGCUGCGGCGCAUCCAGCAGCUGCAAGAGGAGCUGGACGCGACCAACAAGGAGUUUGAGGAGCUCGAACAGAAGCUCAUGGAGGCGACCGACAAGAACCAGCGCCUCUCUGUCCAGCAAGAGUCGGCGCAGGGCGAGAUUGCCUUUUUGCGUGAGGAGCAAGAGACUGACAAGAUCCGCAUCGGCGACCUCGAGGCGGCGCUCGCCAACGCCGAGCAGGGCCUGCGCGAGGAAAAGGACAUGGCGCGGGAGCUGGACGGCCGCCUGCAGCAGGAGCGCGUGCAGAGGGAAAUGGUGGCCAACAGGGAAAAGGAAGAGGUGCAGCAGUUUGUCAACGAGCUCAACCGCGAGGCGUCGAAUGCCAAGGACGAGGUGAGGCGGCUGCGUAAGAGCCUGUCGUCGCGCGAAGUCGAGGCAACCGAGUGGAAGGAGAGGUUGAUUGAGCUCGAAAACAACCUCCGAGAAGCCCUGGGCGACCUCAACGGCACCCGAUCCUCGCUUCUCAAGUCGAUUGCCAAGCUGCAGCGCGAGCUGGAGAACACGAUCCGCGAGCUCGACACGACGAGGGCCGCGCUGGUCGAAAAGGACCGCAUCAUCAAGCAACGCGACGCGCUCCUCGAGUCGCACGCGCUCGAGAGCCGCAAGGUGGCGGAGCUGCUGGACAAGGAGCGCGUGGCGCACCGCAACACCAAGUCGCAGUUCGACACGUUCCAGAAGACGCAUCACCACCUGUCGCAGACGGCAAGCACGCAGGACGUCCGCAUCGCCGAGCUGGAGAGCACCAGGGGUCAGGACCGCAAGAAGAUUGCCACGCUCGAGCAGUCGGCCCGGGACCAGCUCACGGAGCGAAACGAGCUGCUGUUGACGCUCUGGCAGAGGCUGAGCGCGCUGUGCGGCCGCGAGUGGAUCAACGGCAAUGCGCUCGUCGAUCGGCAGGUGGUGCCGUCGGUCGAGGUGAUUGCGAGCCGGCUGCCGGGCUUCUCCAAGAACCUCUUGGCCGCCAUCAAGACGAUUGAGACCAUGAUUGGCUCGCUGCAGUCCAAGAUCAAGUCGGUGGAGCGCGACCUGCACCGCGAGUACCAGGCCUUGGAGAACAACCUCGAGGUGCGGACCAAGAAGCUCGAUCGGCUCGAGGCAAUGGUGCGCAACUCGGCCUCGUCGGGGUCGGCGGCGUCUCAGGACAUGCAGGGCCGGAUGCAGAGGCUGGAGGACGCAUACCGGCAGCUCAAGGUGGAGAACACGACGCUCAGGACGGCCCAAGACGUGCGCAGCCGCGUGGCCAAGUCCAACGCCGAGGGCGCGCGGGCGUACGACCGCGCAUCAGGCCGAUCGGCGCGGCCGGGCCAGGAGAGGAACUACCGGUCGGCGGGGACGAACGCGGCGACGGGGAUCCCGGGCCCGUCGGCGGCGGGCGGGCCGGGCAGCAUGGACGUGGCGUUGGCGGGCGAGGCGGGCGGGCCGAGCAACAACGACAAUCGAUGGCUGCUUAGGCUGCGGGACAUGGAGUACAAGCUGAAGAUGGAGCGCGAGGGCCGUAACCAGGACCGGCAGGCUGCUCGACAGCGUCUGGGCGGGCUGGAGAUGGAGAACCGCGACCUGCGGGACCGGGCGAGGCGUGUCAACUCGGAGGUUGACUGA